GUGCACAGCCAAUCCCUAAAUGACAAUCCAAGCGGUUGGUUGGCCCAAUACACAUUUUUGAUAGAAUGGUUUUUGAGGUUCGGCUUUAUCUGCCCGAUGAAAGCCCAGGUGUCGAAAAUAGAUACUGCUCAGUCACGUAUGUUUUGACUGACGUUGCUAAACACGCCUUCAGGUGGCUGAACGGUACUAGUCUCAAUAAUAGAAUCGUUGUAAGUAAGCUGCCUGAAGGGAUGAGGUUGGAACUACGUACUGUAGUCUCUCAAAUGUACGUCAAUGACGCAGUUCAUCCCAAUCCAAUGCUCAGAUUCAACACGAGCUCUUUCGCUGGUCCUCAAGAGAGUAUAAUAGAAGAUCCUUUGGUACACUCUUUAAAAACAAUGCCAAACAAGGAUUUCCGUCCAGAUGAUUCAAGGUUCAGUUCAUUACUCAAUCCGGUUCACUAUUAUUACGACGAUCCUCCAUGUGAAGGAUCAGAUACUGACUACACCACGGAGUACAUGACAUACCUAGGUGAUGCAAUGCUGUUUUCUAAUGAACUAUGGUCAACACAAUCACCACCACCAAAAUGGGAAAAUGAGGCUAUAUCUGCUAGACGGUGGGAUAUAUCGGAAUCAACCAAGCCUAAAGCUAAACAUUAUUAUUUUGGUCAACUGCCGUACGCUGAUCCUGACCCUGCAUACUUACAAAAUUGGGUAUUUGGCCAUUUCACCCAAUGGGAACAUUAUGGAUGUGCACACUGUGGAUUCCUGUUGGAGCCGUGUUUUCAUUAGCUUAACGUUUGUCUGUCUGAUACUGAAGUAUUUUAUUGUCCUUACUUAUUGUAAUGAUAUAUACUGUACUGUAAAUGCUUUGACACUGAAUGCCUUGUUCUAAUUAUUACAUGUAUGUAUACAAAUCCAUUCGUAGUUUUAACCCGCGUGCUU